UCAUCUAGUAGGAUUAUUAGUAUUACUUUUAACCGUUUUAUCCAAAAAGAAAAAAAAUUGAAAAAAUAUACAUUGAAUUUGAUGCAACAUAAACCUUAGUAUUUGAGUCUUGAUUGUUUUUAGUUCGAUUUCGUACUACCGUGUCUAAAAAAAUCUGUGAGUUUUUAGUUUUAAAAAAAAUGUACAAAGUUAUAUCAGUGAUUUUUUUUUGUUAUAUAAAAAGAGGUACUAUCAUGUGAGUUUGAAAUCAUUUUCAUUGCAAGACAAUCUCUAGGCGUAAUUCAUAAAAAAGAUAACCACUCGUUUGUAUUCGACAUAUUCUAUCUAUAAUAGUAAACGACGACGAUGAAAACAAUGACAGCAACGUCGUUUGAUGUCUCCGCCGCUUGCUUCCAUUCCCGCCCUCUAAAUCUACGCCGUAACACGACCAUGACUAGUUUUUCGUUUGUAAAAUCCUCCAACUUUAACAAGGGACAACGAAGCGUUGUUGUUCAACCAAAGUUUUUGAACUUCCGCAUGAUGAGUAGUUUAAAGGGGAAUUUGGAGGAGGUUGUUGGAGUUCCAACUUCAGUGCCGGUGCGUGUAGCUCACGAUCUUUUUCUAGCUGGCCAUAAGUAUCUUGAUGUAAGGACCACGGAAGAGUUUAAUGCUGGACAUGCACCUGGGGCAAUUAACAUACCUUAUAUGUAUAAAGUUGGAUCAGGGAUGACAAAGAAUAGCAAUUUUGUUAAAGAAGUCUCUUCACAUUUUAGAAAAGAAGAUGAAAUUAUUGUUGGGUGUCAACUUGGUAAAAGGUCUAUGAUGGCUGCUACUGACCUGUUAACUUCUGGGUUCACUGGAGUCACAGACAUAGCUGGUGGUUAUGCUGCUUGGACCCAAAAUGGACUUCCUACAGAAAGAUGAAGCAAUCUAGUUGGACAAGAAGUUGUAUAUAGAAUAAUGAGUAGUAUUCUGGUUGGAUCAUGUAAAUGCAUAAUUUUAAUUGUCACAAGUAAACAACAAGGUUAAGCUCUGUCUCUGCAAUUUCAAUUACUCUACUACAAAGUCCAAGCGCUGAAGUUUGUAGCUAGCAUUUCGUAAACCAAAACAUGGCUGAGUGGUGGCUAAAAUUUCUAGGUCUCGCUUAUUUAGCCCCACAUCGCUAGUUUUAGGAAAUAAUAAAGGUUGUGAGACAUCCACUAAGAUGCAUCUUUAUACUUAUCUUGGAAAUUAUAUUUUAUUUUUCUUGGUUCA